UCCUCCACGCUUGCAUCUGAUUGGCUGCUGUCAAGCUAGCACGAUGACCAAGCUAGCUUGACGAGUCCACAUCCAUCAAAAACUUUUAGGCUAAACUUUGUCUCUUUUUGAGGAGCACUAUCGUUACUAAACGAUGUUAACGGUGGCGUUUACCGUUUUAGCGGGGCUACUGGCAGCUUUUCUCUAUCAGAAAAUGUUUUAUCCUUUCCUGUGGGCGGAUUUGGCGUAUUACUUCAAACUCCGGAUGUACAGAAAAUCUCUGCUCGCUCGCACGCAGCGAGGAAUUAUCACCUAUUUGGACUGUUUUCUUCUACAAGUCAGGACGAAGCCGGACAAAACUUUCAUUAUCCACGAAGACCAGAGAUUCACGUACCGUGACGUGGACAGGAGAAGUAACCAGUUUGCCAACGCGUUAGGGCGGAAGUGUUUAAAAGAAGGAGACAUUGUUGCUCUGUUGAUGGCCAACGAGCCGGACUUUAUUCACGUGUGGUUUGGACUUUGUAAACUCGGCUGUCAAGUUGCCUUUCUCAACACCAACAAUAAAUCUAAAUCUCUGCUGCACUGCAUCAGAAGUUGUGACGCCAAGGCGCUUGUCGUAGGCACAGGUCUGGUUCAUUUGGUGGAAGAUCUGCUUCCUGACCUCAAGGAGGACAAUACGAUUGUGUUUGUGGCAAAUCAGUCGGCACCUUCAGAGGGUUUCGUCAGUUUACUGGAUCAGAUGGAAAACAACUCAACAGAAAACCAAAAUGGGCUACCCAAAGUUGAUAUUAUGUCCAACUUCCUCUUCAUAUUUACUUCUGGCACAACAGGUCUCCCAAAGGCAGCUCGUGUGAGUCAUCUUAAAGCCAUCAUGAGUAUGGCAUUUUUUCACAUGUGCGGGGUUACAUCUGAUGACAUCAUCUACAUCACCCUUCCUCUUUACCACAUGUCUGCUUCCCUGUUAGGGAUUGGAGGAGCAAUACAGCUCGGUGCAACUUGCGUCUUAAAGAAGAAGUUUUCAGCCAGUCAGUUUUGGAAGGAUUGUGUGAAAUAUAAUGUGACUGUGGUGCAAUACAUUGGAGAGCUCUGUCGAUAUUUGGUCUCCCACCCUAGGGUUCCAGAGGAGAGUAGUCACUCUGUUCGUCUUGCAACAGGAAGCGGGCUUAGGUCAGAUGUGUGGAAGGAGUUUGCCAAACGCUUUGGGAGGAUCAAGAUCAGAGAAGGCUAUGGUUUAACUGAGGCCAGCAUUGGCUUCCUUAACUACACGGAUGAGGUUGGACCCAUUGGAAGAGCAAGCGCCUUCAACAAGCUUUCAAUGCCAUUUGAACUCUUGAGAUAUGACACGCAAACAUAUGAGCCCCUCAGAACAACCUCUGGAAGAUGUGUACGAGCACAAAAAGGUGAGGCUGGUAUCCUGGUAGCUCCUUUAACACCUAUGAACCAGUUCCCGGGUUACGCUGGAAAUAAGGUCCAGUCUGAGAAGAAGUUGGUCAAGGAUGUUUUCAGGACGGGUGAUGUCUAUUUCAACACCGGAGAUCUCCUGCUUCAGGACCAAAGAGACUUUCUUUACUUCCGUGACCGCGUUGGAGACACUUUCAGGUGGAAAGGAGAGAAUGUAUCCACCAUGGAAGUUUCAGAGGUUUUAUGUCUUCUUGACUUUAUUCAGGAUGCCAGUGUUUAUGGGGUCACCAUAUCAGGAUAUGAAGGCCGAGCAGGCAUGGGUGCUAUUGUUUUAAAAGCCGACCACGGACUGAACGGUGCAGAACUCUACAAGCACUUGGUUGAAGCACUUCCUUCGUAUGCCUGGCCAUGGUUUCUCAGAAUACGGCCCUCUCUGGAUGUGACGGACACCUUCAAGCAGCAGAAGGGCAAACUAGUCCAGGAAGGCUUUAACCCAGACGUCAUAAUGGAUCCUCUGUUGUUCUUGGAUAUCACUCAGAAGGACUAUAUUCUCCUCAGUGGAUCCCUGUAUGAGGAUAUUGUGCUGGGAAAAAUCAAACUAUAAUGUACAAUGAGUAAUAAGGUCUUCAUUAGAGUCUAAGCAUUAAAAUAGAUUAUACAAAACCCAAAACCAGUGAAGUUGGCACAUUGUGUAAUUGGUAAAUAAAAACAGAAUACAAUGAUUUGCAAAUCCUUUUCAACUUAUAUUCAAUUGAAUAGACUGCAAAGACAAGAUAUUUAAUGUUCGAACUGAGGAACUGAUUUUUUUUUGCAAAUAAUCAUUCACUUAGAAUUUAAUGGCAGCAACACAUUGCAAAAAAGUUGGCACAGGGGCAUUUUUACCACUGUGUUACAUGGCCUUUCCUUUUAACAACACUCAGUAAAUGUUUGGGAACUGAGGAGACCAAUUUUUUAAGCUUUUGAGGUGGAAUUCUUUCCCAUUCUUGCUUGAUGUACAGCUUAAGUUGUUCAACAGUCUGGGGUCGCCAUUGUGGUAUUUUAGGCUUCAAAUUGCACCACACAUUUUCAAUGGGAGACAGGUCUGGACUACAGGCAGGCCAGUUUAGGACCCGCACUCUUUUACUAUGAAGCCACGCUGUUGUAACACGUGGCUUGGCAUUGUCUUGCUGAAAUAAGCAGGGGCGUCCAUGAAAAAGACGUUGCUUGGAAGGCAACAUAUGUUGCUCCAAAACCUGUAUGUACCUUUCAGCAUUAAUGGUGCCUUCACAGAUGUGUAAAUUACCCAUGCCGUGGGCACUAAUAUACCUCCAUAAAAAAAUAAAAAAUAAAAAAUAUAUAUAUAUAUAUAUAUACCUCCAUACCAUCACAGAUGCUGGCUUUUGAACUUUGCGCCUAGAACAAUCCGGAUGGUCCUUUUCUUCUUUGUUCCGGAGGACACGACGUCCACAGUUUCCAAAAACAAUUUGAAAUGUGGACUCGUCAGACCACAGAACACUUUUACACUUUGUAUCAGUCCAUCUUAGAUGAGCUGGGGCCCAGCGAAGAUGGCGGGGUUUCUGGGUGUUGUUGAUAAAUGGCUCUCGCUUUGCAUAGUAGAGUUUUAACUUGCACUUGCAGAUGUAGCGACCAACUGUAGUUACUGACAGUGUUUUUCUGAAGUGUUCCUGAGCCCAUGUGGUGAUAUCCUUUACACACCGAUGUCGCUUUUUGAUGCAGUACCGCCUAAGGGAUAAAAUCAUUGUAUUCUGUUUUUAUUUACGAUUUACACAACGUGUCAACUUCACUGGUUUUGGGGUUUGUAUUUACCAAUAGUUUUAUUUGUUGUUCUUUUUUUUUUUUUAUCAGCGUUAUAGAUCACACACAAAAAAUGUUCUUGUGAUACAAAACACAAACGUCCACUGCAGGGAAUGCUGGUUCUCAGGCGUACUGUCGUGGUCAAAAGUUUACAUACACUUGUAAAGAACAUCAUGUCAUGGCUGUCUUGAGUUUCCAAUA